UCUGUCAGUGUAAGUCAGUGAGAGUAGGUGUGUCAUUAUCGGGGUAGGGUUCAUGGGAGGCGGUUCGUCUGUGUCUUAAAAAUUGUGGGAAUUAAAAAUAGGUUCUUCAACAUCAUUCACAGACCAUUGAACUGAACUCCUCCAGCAUUUGCUUCUAAGAUUUUCUGUCGUGCAGCUUUUUCUCCAAAGCAGCAGAGAAAAUAGACAGGAAUUCUUACGUCGCGUCUGGAUUUGACUACAAAUGGAAACCUGAAAGUGACCUUUCUAUGUAUAUAAAAUGAUGCCAAAUGAACUUUGACCUGAAGUGAAUUCUGAUCCCACCCCAGACGGCGUCGCCAGAGCAAUGUUCACUUGGGCGAAGAAACUGACUCGCCACCAUGGCAGGGAGGAGCCAGCGGGAGAGGGGAACACCGAUAAUCCGGCAAAUCAAACAUCGGACCUCAACCAGAGGCCAGACGAAAGCCCGGGCCGGAGAUGCAGUCCCGAGGAGGAGCCGAGUCCGAAGCUGAGUUCAGGGAAGACGAAGGCCAGUCCGAAACAGAGUCCCGAGAAGAAAACGCCGAGCUUCGCCAGGCGGCUCGCGUCGUUCAGGAAGUUGGCCUUGGAUCGAGGGAGCCCAGAUAAGUCUCCGAAGCUGAGGAGCAAAAUCUCGGGGACGAGCGGGACUGUGAAGAGCAAGAGUUCGGAGCAAAAACAGGAAGCUGAUAUCGCGGCCGGGAGCGAUGCGGCAGACAGGAAGUCUAUUCCAGAGAAAACGCCGUCGAGCUCCGGGCUGUCAACGCAGUCGAGCGAGGACGGGGCCCCCGCUACGAUGUCGCAGACGAGCUCCUCCGAUGACUUGAAGCCGGCGAAGUCCCCGAGCACCUGCAGCAGCCUGGGCGCGAUCAGUGAGACGAGCGCCGCGGAGAGGAACGGCGAGCACACCCCUGAGAGCACGACGUCGCCCGACAGGGACGACACGUCCUCCAGCAAGUACGAAACGCCCGAGCGGUACGAGACUCCGGAGCGAUCCCUGAGUCUGGACAGAGAGAAAACGGACGAGCUUCUCGACACCGUCAUUAGAAUCUCUGAUAACAUUGCAGCUGAGGCAGCACAUGUCCCGCACACUAACGGCAUCGGGGGCUCCGCGGACGUCGGGGAGCAGAGUGCGGUGCAGGAGGGGAAGGCGGAAAAACUUAAGGGUUUACCGGAUAACGCUGCCGGAGGAUGUGGUCUCGCUCAGGCGUUCGAAGUGAAUGGCCAAGUCAGGAGAGGCGUCGAUGGAAAAGCAACCGUUGGCAGAGAGGGCGUCACGCCAGCUAUAUGCGCGUAAGUCUUGUCCUAUUGAGUAUCUGUG